ACGGUUACCGAUCAGUGUAUUCAAGUGUAAAAGGUUGUACGUGGUGGUGGUCAGGCUUGGCAGAGAACUUUUGCAUUUAGUUUCAUUUUUUGAACCUUUUGAACGUCCCAAACACACCCUUUAACAAUGGCAGCAUGGGUUGGCAAGAAGUACAAGAUGGAGAAGUCCGAGGGAUUCGAUGAGUACAUGAAGGCUCUCGGUGUUGGCAUGGUGCUCCGCAAGCUCGGAAACAGCAUCUCGCCAACGGUCGAACUGAUCAAGGAGGGCGAUGAGUACACCUUCAACACGUUGUCUACUUUUAAAAAUACCACCAUCAAGUUCAAAUUGGGUGAGGAGUUCGAGGAGGAAACCGUUGACGGCCGAAAGGUCAAGUCCGUGUGCACCUUCGAGGGCGACAAUAAGCUUAUCCAUGAGCAGAAGGGCGAAAAACCAACGACCAUCAUUCGUGAAUUCACUGCUACCGAUUUAACUGCCACCAUGACCGCCGGGUCCGCAAAGUGCGUCCGAUACUACAAGGCCGUCUAAGACCGGCACCAUCGAACGCCCCUUCCUUUUCAACAGCAUCUAUGCAUGAUGUGCCUAGUCUCUGAGGUAUCUUCUUCGCGACAUAACUAGACAUCACAAAAACAAGCAUUCAGCCUACAAUCCUAGUCAUCAUAGACAUCUUCUGCAUCGACUUCGAGAUCGAGAGUCCUACGAUCGGUUUGACGCACAUACCAUGCUGUAAUCAGACACAAAUCUAAGCGUAUGUUGCUUGGACAAAUGCUGCAUGUAUUCCAUAUGAUUAUUCCUUGUUUUUUUUUUUUGCAUAUUUUCCAGACUUUUUCAUUUAUCCCUCAUUUGUUAAAAUGAAUCAGAAUAUCUAUUUUGGGAUAUUAUUUUAGAUUUAGUUGAACAUGAAGCAUAUUGUAAAAAUAAACUAAACCCGUCUGAAAUACAUUGUUAUAUGUAAUCAAAUCAA